AUGCUGCAGCAAAUUUUGCGUGACAUGUAUAUUGACCCUGAGCUCCUGGCAGAGCUGAACGAAGAGCAGAAGCAGAUCUUAUUCUACAAGAUGAGAGAAGAGCAGCUGAGGCGCUGGAGGGAAAGGGAAGAAAAAGCCCGAAUGGAGGAGGCUGUGCUGAGAAAGACAGCAAGGCGCAACCAGAGUAACGGCAAGCGCGUGCAGUGGCUGCGGGGCCAGGACGGUGAGGUCUGGGUCUGGGUGAUGGGAGAAGCCCCGGGGGACAAACCCUACGAGCAGAUCUCGGAGGAGCUCAUAGCAGAGCGGGCCAGGCUGCAGGCACAGAAGGAGGCAGAAGAGCUAUGGAGACAAAAGGAAGCUGAAAUAACAAAGAAAUUCCGUGAUGCUAUGGCUCAAGAAAAAGCCAGAAUAGUGGCAGAAAAAUGGAAAAUAGAAAUGGAGGAUCGGAAAGCAGCCAAACUGGAGGAAGAAAAAAUUCAGGAGGAACUGAAGAAAAGAGAAGAAGAGGAAAGACAGAAAGGUGAGGAGCUGAUCAGGCAGCAGGAAGAAAUCCGGGCAAAGGAGCUGUACCUGAGCCUCAAGCAAGCUCAGCAGCACAGUCAGCACAGCGACGACGACCAGGAGUGGGAAGAACAGUUGCGCCGCUCCAAGGCUGCCGACGAGGAGAGGAGCCACAAAGCGCGCAGGGCGCGGGACGAGUACCGACGGCAGUCCCUGCGCGCCAUCCAGAAGGGAAGGGUGGCUGGCCUGAGCCAUUUGUUCCAGGGGACAAACCUGAGCAGUGAUCAGGACAUCAAACUGAACAACAACAGUGCGACUCCUUUGUCUCCUGCAGCGUCCAGUGACAUCUGGGAGCGCCCCGCUCGGCCCUUCUCCCGCGACGUCAUCAUCCGCUGGUUCAAGGAGGAGCAGAUCCCUCGGCGGGCUGGCUUUGAGAGGAGCACCAACAGGAUUGCUCAGUGGUUCCAUGGCAUUAUCAGCCGUCAGGAAGCAGAGGAGCUGUUGAUGAAUAAAUCUGAAGGCGCGUUCCUGGUGCGAGUCAGUGAGAAAAUCUGGGGCUACGCCUUGUCCUACCGCCAGCAGAACGGCUUCAAGCACUUCCUGGUGGAUGCUUCGGGGGAUUUCUACAGCUUCCUGGGGGUGGACCCAAACCGACACCCAACACUCACAGACCUGAUUGAUUUUCACAAGGAAGAAAUCAUCACGUCCUCAGGUGGGGAGCUACUCCUGGAGCCAUGUGGACAGCAGAAGAAUCCACCAGACUACAGUCCUUUAUUUGAAUAACUGAUUCUGGAUCAACAGGAAUGCAUUCCGGAUAGCUGUAGUAAUAGAUAGUUACAAAAGUAAACAAUGGGAGUAGUUAACCUGCUUUGAAAGCCACUGGUCUUGUGGCCAAAAAGUAUCCUCAUUAGGAGGCCUAAAAUAUUUCUGGUUUGCAUCUGAAUUAUCAACAUCAUUAUUCAUACUGCUAGCACUUGAAAGGUGAGAACUUACCAGUGAAUUGCAAAAGAGGACUACUUCCAAAAAAUUUUCAAGGGAUUGUAGCCAAUUGCACAGAAUGCUAAGUUCCUGUCCUAAUUUUCUCAUGUUUUAUACUGCAAGAGGCAUGGGCAGGAGCCAUUCACAGAGCACUGUAUGAGGUAUCAGUGUUGGUGAACAGAUUCUGUGUUCCAAAGCGAGGUUUGACAGUUUCUGUUGACAAUUUCAUUACCCAAUGGUGCACUUUGAUGACAAAAGAAGCAGCCUUCAAACAUCCCUGUGAAGUUUGUGAUUGUGUAUGUAAUUACCUGUAGUUUGAAAAUUGCCACUAUGCUUUUGAAUUCAGGCCUACAGAGUUCCCCACAGCACAGACAAAGGUCAAACACAUUUUAUUUACAUUUUCAUGAAGCCCCACAGCCUUGGAAGGAACUUUUCUCCUGUACAGUAAGUGGUCAGUUUAUUCUAAAGGAAACUGAUUUGCUGCAAUUCUCUCACUGGCCUUGUCCUGCUUUCCACUUUUAGAUGUGCAAGAGACACAGUGGAUAUUGCUAGCUUUACUUUGCUAUAGGACUGGGUAUUUUCCUUUUCUGAGUUACAAGAGAGGGUGGGACUGGUAUAUUUAUACAUAGAAAAGGUACGGCUGAUUACAUUACCAUCGUGCUAUUUUAUGUGUAAAACCAAGAUGCACACAAUGUGUUCCUGAUCCAUUUACUAUAAAUAUUAACCCUAUGAAAAUUGAACAGAAGCCUAGAUCUGUGGGGCAGUUGCUUAGUGCUUGGACGAGAAAAAUAAUAAAAUCUCAUCACAGUACACAUAGGAAAGGCACACUGAGCAUAUUACUAUGAGCUACUGCUUUGGGCAGUCUCUGAGCCCUGUGGUGUUCUAUUAAAAAUCCAGGUGAGACCUCUCCUGAACCUCCUGUCUCCUGAGCCCUUUCUCCUCAAACAGUCAUUUGACUCUUGAUUCACUGUUACCUUCUGUACUCUGUCUGAUCUAGAUGGUAAAGUCAACCAGGAAAAGAAACUUGUCUUAUCCAAGCCAAUAAAGCACACUAAACAUUUCAGGUGCUACAACAGUAAAUAUUUGUGGUGGUAAUAACAGUAUUUUUUUAUAAUUAAUUUUAUGGCUAGCUCAUAUUAAAGUACAGAUUUUUGUACACAAGCUUCAUUCUUGGUCAGGAACCUUUUCUUCUGUUGACAUUGGCUUUUGUGUGAUUUAAUCCAUCAGUGUUUGUGGCCCAUGAAAAGAAAAUUCUAUUGAACUUCCCACAGAGACAGCUGGGCAGUUUCUGUACUAAUCACUUGGCACACUGGCUCAGGAGGUUUUAAAUAGUUACUGUUAGCACCUCAGAACAAAGCAAGUCAGGACACAGCAAAUAAGCAAAAAAGAUCUGCUUUCUCUGAGAAAACCAACUUUGCACUUUCUCCCUCCUUCAGAGGCAUCUCAAGAACCACCUCAGUCUCAGGUUAUUCACAGCUGCACAAUUUUUUCAUGGAACAAUUCGACCUUUACUUAAAGGACAAUGGAAAAGGACCUUUAAAAUUAUAAAAAAUAUAAGUAUCCACAGACAUAGCUCUGAGGUUAGAAAGCAGUAGGUGACUGUACAGGAUUAGACACCUAGGGGUCAUUACAGACUGCUCUUUUGCCUCUAUGCACUGAAGAAAACUCCCCAAAAAAACCAAGAACAACAAUAAAAAAACCCAGGAAAUGCUACCUUGGUAGGCUAGAAGACAUGCAAAUUCCAAAGUUUUGGAAGAUUACUCAACCCAAUGUUGUGAAUGUUUAUA